AUGUUAUUUGUUGUUGAUUCUAUCUCCGCUCUCGUCACUGGCUGGGUCGUUGGCCCUCUCUUCCUCAACUCGGCUAGGCUUUCUUGCGUAGAACUUCUUGCCGUGUCUUUUCUUCAGUCCUACCCGUCCUCAUUUCUGCUCGACCCAAAAGCGGCCUUCUCUUUGCGCUUCUACUUUGUCAUCUCUGGUCUAACUCUCUCCUCUUUACUCCCGAACGGACAUUCGUGCACCUUUCGACUUGCGUGGGUCGCUCUUUUUGUUUCCCGCCUCUUCGUUGUUAUUUGCAAAGCGCUAUUGCUUUUAAACCAAUUCAAGUUGCGGGCACUUGCCUCGCUUUCGUUCCGCAGAAGUCACUUUUCAUCGUACCGUGCUCUCCAAUCAUUAUCGUUUUCUACCCCUCUGGUUAAUUCUGCACCCGCAGUCCUCAUUGUUGCGAAUUCUCACCUCCAAUUUCCUGGGUCUUCUUCCAUGCUAAGCUUCUCGCCUUCUUUCUUUCGGCUCUUCAGUGGCAUCUCUCGUCUUCCAGUCUUUAUUUCUUCGGUUAACUUCACCGCCAAUCUCUCUCGUUAUCGUAUUUUCAGUUGGAUCCUGAUUCUGUUGUCGAUUCUUACUGUAAUCCCCAUCCAAUGUCUUUUCUCAGUCAUUUUUGAUGCUGCCGGUAAGUUCCCCGCCUCCUCACUAAUUACUGUUGAUCCGCGUUCUUGCGGAAGUCGGUUUAUUUGCGCAGUCGUCUCUUCCAAAACUCGGGUCUCCUUCGUCCUCACAAGUCUUCCUAGACCUCCAUCAUUUGCAAUGUUUCUCGUCAAACCUAUCCUCCUAGCCACCCCCGCUUCUAACGUCUCCGAUUCUUGUCCUUCUUUCUUUUCAUUUAUCUCUCCGCUCGUCAUCGCGUUUCUCUUUGAUCGAACUCUUCGCCACCUAGUGGCUUUCACACUUGCCGUAUCUCACCCCCAGAGCUCUUUCCAUUUUAGCACCCUCAUUGUCGAAGUUUCCUCGAUUGUUCCCUCCGUCAUUCCAUUGCGCCCGCUCGAUUCUGUUGUUUUGUUAACAUUUUGUCACUUGCCUCAAUCUUUCAGCUACCCCUCUCUAGCUCCCCUUUCCAACUUUCCAAUCGUCGUUUCAAAAUUGCUGUCUCGGUCUUCGUUUCUAAGUCCCUGUCAUUCUCUUUCUCCUCUUAAACCUCCCAAUCCUAGCCUCAACAAAAUCACCGCUCCCCACACUCACAGUAGCGGUGGUGCCCGAAGGCUUUUUUACAAUUUUAUUGUAGCCUCCGACGGCUACCGGCCACGCCCUACCACCAGCUAUCCCCUUCGCAGAAAAGAAAACUUCCGGGAAGCCGCCAGAGGACGCCGACAGAAACCUGCGAAACAUAUUGAUACCAACCUUCCACCUCUGCUCGGUCACUUGGGUAAACCCCAAGAUCAGUUAAGAUUCUCGGGGGAAGCAGGGGGGCUUGGGCCUGCUCAUCUUCAGUCCUCGCACUUCCCACCAUCUCGAUCUGAGGAUGAAAUAAACAAGCUAAUAGCACUGGGUUGCCCACUGUAUGUCCGGCAUCGGUACGGCCGCAAGAUCGACAUGAUAUCGAGCAGCAUUUCCUGGUCUACCUUGCAUCAACUUCUGAUCCAACUCAUCGAUUUCCACCGUAUUCACCUGCUGGAUUAUUUUCUAUCCAGCAAUCAACUUGGGCAUUGCAACCUCGCUCAUAAGCAACUGUCUCUUGCUCUCCGCCGUGCCUACUCUGCCUGGAUCAUAAAAUGCGCUCGCAUGGUUUGUCUUGUUUCUGGAAGGGAAUUUCUCAGGCUCGAAUGGGUCCAUUGGGUCCGUAGAUGGAAUGGCCGCGAUGUUAGUACGAAAUGGACUCAAACUCAGCGCAGUCAUAGGGCCCCGACAUUACCUCCAGCUUCACGCAUUCCACCGCCUCGAGGCGUCUGCCCCACUCAGGUUUCCUUCGGCCCUAAAUCUGUUUUCAAGAUAUUUUCGCAUUCGACUCCAGUUUCGAUCGAAGUUUCUACGAGUAGGGGACCAGCUGAGAUGGCGAAGUCGCUGAUUCAAGCCGCUAGCGAGGUUUCGGGAGAAGAGAUGCAAGCGUUAGUCCCUCAACUCGCAUUGAGAGGCUCUACAGAACAUUUUCGACGUACCCGAGCGAUAAAUGGGCACACUCCCACAUCUUAUCUGAUAAACCCCUUGCCACCCGGAGUCGGUAGAAUCCGUGCUCACCUUCCUCUCCAUACCCUCGUGGGUUUCGUCAAUUCAUUUCCGAACAUCUUCUACUCUGCGCUUCUCUUUCUUCUUGGCCUUUGUCUUUUCAGCAUAAUAUCUUUGUAUACGAUGGAGUGGCUAAAUAUAUCUUGCGAAUCGUGCGUCCACCUAUUUUGUUAUAUAAGAAGCCUUGUGAAUCCGCCGGUUUCAUACUACGAGGACUUGUAUAGUACUUGGAAAACUUUCGCCGAGCGCCUCUCAGACUCCGGAGGCCAUACGAUGAUGACCUCAUGGAGAGCUGGAAGGAAGCAUCUCAGCUUAACAUUCAAGAAUGUUCCGGUUUUGCUUACUGAUGAAGAAUUCAAGCGGGGCAGAAGCGGUAAUGCGAGGCAAGACGUGUUUAUUCAUGCAAAGAUACCAGAUGAGAGCCUGGAAUUGCCACAUAUGCAUCGUGUUGCUUGGCUGACCUUACUGCACGAGAUCACUGUCAGUGCUUUCUUCAUAUGGAUUUUAGUUAAGUCUUCCUACUUCCGCGAGGUCGCCGCCCAUGUCCUUGUCGUCAGGACCCUCAACAUGGUGUCUAAAGGUGUUGGUGCCAUGGCUUGUGGUAGUGCAGGUGCGAUCUUCGUCCAUUCGCUUGCGGGCGACGCACAUCGAGAACUUAACGGCUCCAUUCUUUCGCCCACUCAUAUGCCAUCCGACAACUUGUUUGCGUGGUCUGCCAUGGAAACCGAUCUUCUCGACAUUCUUCAGGCAAUCGAGCAUCUAGCUGUAUGCGGUCUUAACAGGGCACUCAACCUUCGUACUUUCAGGGUUUGGCUCAGCAUCGACAACCAAUUUCGUAAAGUCCUCAUGGAAGCUACACCACUUAUUAAUCGUGAAGGAACCUACCUCACUGGACAAGUAACUCAACCAUUUUCACCAUAUCCCGGAAUCCUGCUGUCGCUGCAUCGGCAUUUUUUUGCAUCUUGGCUAAAGAUCGGGAGCGAUAGUGUCCUCUUCCAAUAUAGGGACCCCUUCGGAGACUCUAAUUCCGCUCACGACCUCAUUGCCGUUUAUCUGACCCCUCGUUUGAUCCAAUUGAGCCUGCACUGCGACCGACUUGAAGAAAUGGGCACUUGUCAGCAAGUUGUCGACAUUAAUAAACGGCGUCCGUUGAUGAAGUGGUGGCCUGGGCCCGUCUUCGACAUCAAUCCAUGGGUAACUGUAUUCGCGGAUGUAUUUGCCCUGAUCCUUGAAACUGUGAAGCUGUCCAGGCAACUGAUCCGAUACUGCCCACCUUGGUGGGCCGCUGAAGAAGACUCGAUAAACAUCUUGGCAAUGGAGAAUAAAUUCCAUAUCCGGUCUGAGAGGAUCUUCGGGAACAAGCACCUGGCAUGCAAUUCCGCUCCAGGUUGGUUACAGGACCUUGCAACAUCAGCCCUAAUCGCCAGCGUAUUUUCCUUGCUUGUUGAUGUUGCGGAGCGGUUUAGUCUGUCCGCCACCGCCCACUUCGAAGGCUUCGUUGAGGUGAGCCUCCGGCUUAUGCUGAUGUUGUACUCGCAGUUGCGGAGUCAGGAGCGAGGCUUGUCAAGAGAGGAGGCUGGUAGUUCCAUUCGAUGCUGCUCGCACCACUUAAAGACCAUUUUCAUGACGGCCUCAUUCAAAUCAAGGGUGGGAGCAGCUUCGCCAGAUUCUCCACCGAGAUCCUCUAGAAAGUUCUUGAUCAGGGUUGAGCUCUCAGCAACCUCGCACCGGAAGAGGAUCGCUGCCCCAAAUUCUGCGGCGAGAUCCCUAGCAAUUUAUCCGGACGUACCAGUUUCACAAGGUCAUCGCCACAGUCCUUUUGCUAAAGAUGCAGGCUUUGGAGCUCUCGACGGGAUGCUUAGCUUCGCAAUUUCAUGGCCGUCUCAAUCGAUAUCUCGGGCAAUCGUCUAUUUUCCAACGACCGUGGUCCAAUUCCUCUUCAAGUUGUCCGACCAAGCUUGGGCUAUUCUCAAACUUCAUCUCGUCGUGCCGACAUGGCCUCCUGCUUGA